AUGAAUGGUUUUCAAGUCCUUGGGGAAAGACAAAACAGAAGGGCGGAAGCACAGAGACUAUACAUCUCAGAGUUAGAGAGAAGACAGAGCAGGAAGCACAAGAACAUCGACACACUCCAGGUCUACAUCGAAGGUUUGCCUCAGAAGAUCCAGAAGCAGGUCACCGAGAGCGAUUCUUGGAAACUUGUGUCGGCAAAACUCAACACUGUAAAUGAGCAUGUCAACAGCAUGUCAAGGGUACUCAACGAGACUCUGGUGCCUGGGCUUGAGAGCAUGAGGCCUGGUGUGGCAGCGAUAUCCAAAGGCAUAGACGUUGCUACCGGGAAUAUUACCGCCAUCCCCAAUGCAGCAGAGAACACUUUGACGCCGAGUUCAAGAACCCGGUCAUGGAUGCUGGUGAUAUCACAGCAUGCACAAAAGUCGCUUUUAGAGAGGAUAGCAACUGCCAAUACUGUGAAGGUUCAGAUAGAACGGCACCCUUCUGAGAUCUGCACUGUCGUCAAAACCGUCACAGACGCAUCCGUGGCGGUGAUCACAGACCACUCUACUACAAAGUUCAACAAAAUACUAGGAAAGGUCGGUGCAAGAGUGCAUCUCUCCACCACGGCUAUCACAACAGAUGCCAUCAAAGGAGCUGGCAUGGCCAACGAAAUAUUGACAACCCAGGCACCGACAGAGCUGAUCGGGGUUUCCAAGAUGGCGUUAACGUGGCCAGAUACCGUCAAUCUUCCGAGCGUAUUUGCAACUGGUAUUUCACCUGUUGUUGAAAGCUUGAAGCCUAUGGGGUGUGGAAUUGAAGACCUCGGUACUGUUCCAGCGUGCGUGACCGACAUCAAGAAGACAUUGGACGAGGUGGCUGCCAAAGCAGAAGAGAUUCCCACAAAAGUUAUCGUACCGCUGAGUGUAGCAAUGAAAACCCUCGCCUCAAUGGCAGAGGCUGUUGAGGACACCAAGGACACGACCACAUCCGAAAUCGACAAUCUCGCUAAAAGGCCAGAUAAAAUGGCCGCGGCCAAUGACAAAUUUUCACAGAUGAUGCUAUCAGGAGAGAAAGCGCGCUACGGGAGAAGAUAUGACGAAAAUAAAGGACGAGCUGAAAGCUGUGACCGCUGGGGUUGUGGAGCUGCCUUCGAGGUCGCACUUAAACCCAGCCUCGACUUAUUGGAACCAUUUGGAGGUCAAGUGAAGCAGCUAGAGAAAGUGACGGUCGAACAUCUUGAGAAGAUCCACGAACAGUUGGGGAGAGCGGUCACUGCGACUGGCAAGCUUUCCAAAGAACUCAAUCUACUUAUACAGCCAAUCUCCGACCAAGUAAUGCCCCCGGUCAGCCUCGAUGCCAACGCUCCCACCACAAAAGUCACGCUCAGAGACUUGCUCGCCAAUUUGAAGUCCGCCAUGGCGAAAUCGGCAGAGAUUUCGAAGCUGAAGGUCACGCUGGAAAAUAUGGAAUCUCAUUUUCAAAGCGCUGUUGGCUGCCACAUGUUGACAUACAAGAGAGUUGAUGGAAUUGGAGACAUGGUCCUCAACAUGUCUAAGGAAAUGAUCCGCCAACAUAUUGCAAGGGGUCCCAACAAUCGACCAAAUCGAGAGCAACUGAAGAACCAUCUGGAGCCCAUCAAUAGCAAAGUUUCCAACGUGAUCACGGCAGACCAAUUUACACAGAUUACAGUGGACCGCGCGGCUGGCGCUGCCGAUGUGUGGGAAGAAUUAGUCAAAUCCGAGGUUGGAAAGAUCAAGACUCACUUCGAGGCUAUUGUCGGUACAUUGGAAGAGGCAUCAGCGAGCGAGACGGAGAGAAUGCGCCGGCUAGAGGCAAUGCUACAUCACGACAGCCUUACUCAUGACAUCAAGUACGAUCGGAAGGUAGAAGAACUACUUGUUCCGCUCCGGGAUAAUUUGAAGCAAAUUUGCCAGCAGAUGGAGAUCAUGAAAGCCGAUCAAUGCCUGUGUGGGGAGGAUCUUGGGAGCAUUGCCGGAAAGGAAAGGGCAAUCAGACGCAUAAGGGUCCUCGUCGAUCGCGCUGCUUCUUCGCGAGAAGGCGAAGGACAGCAGCGAGUUAUCACUGGGGUGAGAGAAUUGUUCGCACGUCCACAGGAGAGCCAUCGCAUUGGAGAGAUGGAGGACCAAGAUAUCCAGGGCGUGGAUUGGGCUCUGCAUAUGCCUCAUCAAAUUCCUCCAAGGACUGAUGGAAGUGAGGACUGUAUGCGCUACAGGCCUUCAAUUGACGAGACAAUCCGGAUCGAAGAGGGCGAGGCUCAACCAGAGGGCGGCGAUGAGGUCAGCGAACCCCCUCCAGGAGACACACAAAGACAGCGCAGCUCUGCUCCCAGCUCCAGGAACCGGGGCGACGGAGAACUUCAACCAGAGGAAGAAGGCGAAGAGCAAAGUGAACUUCGUGACAUUUCGGACAGCUGGCUAUUUCAUGAUAUCGGUUCUGAACUGGUACAGCAUACCGGUACCAGCACCCAUGAAUGCUUUCUCCUUUUCCUCACCAGCAAGAAUGCGAGGGCGCAUGUCAAAGGCGUCACAAUAGAGGCGUGGCUCGAUCAGUAG